UCAACUUUCCUCUAUGGCACGUUACCUGUUAUGACGAUUUAUUCAUCGCUUUGUCCGUAAAACAAAACUUGUCGACAUUAUUAUCGUCAUAUUUGGUACGCUCUAUGAAACGUAACUGACCGUUGUCAUGCUGCUGGAAUGCUGAGCCGCGCUCAGCCGCGUGGAAUGUUACACGGAAGGACGUGAAGAGGGCCGGCACAAGGGAAACCGUGCAUCUUAAGAAUGGAUCAUGGCCACGCGCAAGGGGGAAAAGCGGCCAUCGACCCCCAUGAUGUGACGGACGUGCUGCAGCAGGCGUUAUGGGAGCUUAAGCGGCUGAAAAACCAACUCGCAAAGCCGUAUGCGACUCGCUCGACCGUCGCCGCGAACAUCGCGCGGCUGGAGGACGACAUACGCCGGCAAGCCCUGGCCAUCGCACAUGCCACCGGCGUGGAGGCAUCACUGGCGCUGCCUGCCCCCAGUCCACCGCCCGUGGGGCUGUCCCUCCACCCCAAAGCGCCAGCGCACCUUCCGCCGCCCAGUACAAUACGGGCGGACCAGUUCCUCGCCACCCGCAGCGGGCCGCUGUUGGACAAUCCCAUUACAGAAACAGCGCGACAGUACCUCCAGGAGCGAUUUGCUGUCCCGUAUCAGCCCAAGCAGCCGCCACCUCCCGGCAACCUGGCCAAGGGCCGCACCCCCGCCGCGGCCCCUGGAGUCAUCCUCCCAAAACACAUCCGCGAGGACCCGCAUGGCCUGCCACCGCCUGAGGUGACCGACUUGGAGCUGGACAAAGGGCUACUGCAUGUGCUCAACCGGGGGCUGCUACCGGCCAGGUCCGACCUCACACCGGCACUGUGCGGAGCGACAGGACCUAUUCGCACAGCGCCCGUGCCUGUGCACCCCUACCAGAAGCAGUUUGAACGGGGUCCCGUAACCUCCGCACUGGAGGACGCACUGACGGUCAAGCAGGAUUUUAAGUUGGACUUGCUGACGCCCGUCAUCCGGCCGCAGCAGGAGUCCAAGCAGAUCUCGCAUCAUACGUUAUCCAUUGCCAGUGUGGCGGGCGGCGGCAUUAUGGCGCAGCCCCGGCCGCCCCACGCGCCCGUAUACUUCCCCGGUGUUGACAGCUCCUCGGAACCCCAGUCCGGAUCUCAGUAUCGACAGUCCGUUUCCGGCUUGGACGCGCAACAACAGCAACAGGCGGCGGGUACGGCUCCAUCGAGGGCAUUUGAGUCGCUGAUGGAUGCAUUCAGUCUGCAUGAGGUGAUGAUUCGCAAGGGUGCCGUCGUCCGCGACACGCCCGAGUUCGAGUCCUAUCAGCGCACCUUUACGUCCGUGUGGCCGGUGGUGGAAGGGUUGCUGCAGCACCUGGCAGCGCUGUGCGCUCAGUACGCGGUGCCGCUGGCGGUGGUCAACGGGAAGAGCCUCGCGGACUUGGCAGAGCAGGUGGGCGCCGCCGGCUACCAGCCCGCCAUGGAGGACCUGCUAGUUUGCUUGACAAACAUACAAGAGGUGGCGGCACUGCUCAAGCAGCCGGGAAGGCGGUUCCUAGGUCCCGGGGGCCGUGACGCCGCCGCGCAGCUCAUUCAGGCGCAAUACCGCGGCCACCUCGCGCGCCGCAAGGACAGCGUCCGUGGUCAAGCUUCCCUUAAGAUCCAGCACGCCUGGCGCACCAGCCGGCUGCGCAAGCAGCUGCGCGAGCGCAUGCGGAUGGCUCGCCUGGAGCGCGACAUGCGCUUCACGGAGCUGCGGGACCAGCUGGAACAGCAGUGGCCGCUCAUGCAGAGCAAUGCGCACGUCGUAGUGCACGUGCCCAAUCUACUGCCGACGCCGGUGGUGGCCCCCGGCGAUUCAGCACCACAGCGAAGGCCGGAGCCCCAUCUCAUCCAGGCCAUGUUGCUGAGGGAGGCGGCCCAGCUGGCGCGGCUGUGCGAUUUGGCAGAGCCGCUGGUGGACUUGAUCCUGGUGCUGCCCUCGCCCCCCGACCCGGAGGUGAUGCACUACUGGAACAAGCUGCUGGAGGUCGGAGGCGUCAGGGACCCUGCCAGCAGAUACAGGAUUGUGGUGCCCGAGAACUACGUGCGGCUGCCUGGCCACAUGUCCGUCACUGCCAAGCUGCUAUCCUCGCCACGAGCGCUGAAGCGCAUCGCCGCCGCCGUGCACGGCCGUCUUGCGUAUAUCGUGCCGGGCAACGUGCACGACGAGGAGGUGGAGCUGUCGGUGCACCUGGGGGUGCCACUGCUGGGACCUUCGCCAUCCGUAUGCAGGGCGCUCAGUAGGAAGUCGGCCGCGAGGGAAUUAUUCAAAACCAUCGAUGCCAAUAUCGCCCCUGGCUGCGCCAUCCGGCCUCAGCACGCCUCCACCGCUUCACAUCAGCUCAAUCCGCAGCUACAGGCGCUCACACGUUCCGGCAGAGACAGCGGCGAUGGCGCCACAGGUGACAUCCUGACCACGCCCCUCCGCGCUGGCACCGCUUUCGCCUUCGCUCCCGACGGUGAGCUUAUCAUGCGGGAGCCCAUGUCCGGGGACGCGGUACACGGCAGUGCCGCCGCGGCCGCUGCCGGAAGCGGUAGCCCACCGCCGCGGGGCUCUUCCUCCUUCGAGCAUGACGAGCAGCGCAUUUUGAUGACGCUAGCUGAGGCCAUGGUACGGCACCCGCUGGUGCCGAAAUGGCUGUUCAAGAUCGACGAUGAGAUCAUGGGCAUGGGUCACGCCUUCUUCGAUACGGCCUCCAUUAAGGGCUGUGAUGGGGUGCUGGAGCGCGUUAUCGGGGAGGUUACGGGCAGCGGGCCCCGCUCCCCCGGCGACGCGUUGCGUUUGGAGCUGGGUCUUAGUGGCAGCGGCGACGGUGGUGGGGCAGCCACUGGAGGCAGCGUGCCGCCGCUGACGGAGGUACAGCGUGUGGCGAUGUUCCGGCUGUAUGAACUGUUAUUCCGACAGCUGCCUCGCCGCCUGCAUCUCACCUGCCGUGAGUCGUACCCGACGUAUCGCGAUUACGUGACAACACUGGCACGCCGUGGCGGCGUGUUGGAGGGCUGCCCGCACAUGGCCGUUGGCUCGCCGUGUGCCAACCUGUUCAUCGACCCCAACGGCGCAGUCACGGUGCUAUCCACACACGAGAAGAUUUUCUGCUACCCAUACCGUGCCGUCGGCACGACGUUUCCGCAGUCCUCCGUACCGCACCGAGCACUGUAUGACGCGGCCCUGGCGGUUGGGCGCUCCGCGUAUACGGCGGGAUUGUUGGGUCACGUGAUGGUGGAUUUUGUGACGCUGCUGGAGCCGCCAGGGGGAGGAGCUGAUGUGCCACCACCGGGCAGCGCUAACAACCCCGGCGGGCUGCGGCUAUGGUUGGUGGACUUGCGGCCCGGCAUCACGCCGUCGCUUACAGCUUUCCAACUGUUUGAUUUCCUGGCAGCCGGCACCUUCAACCCCAUGACUGGAGCUUACCUAGUGGAAUUGGACCCCAUCGAGGACACCGAUCAGGGAGGGGACGAGGACGGCCGGGGGCAGGGCAAGAACGUGAUGCCACCGGGGGCCGAUGCCAUGGCGCUUGGCCCAGCACCUCAGUCGCUGCGGUACUACUUUGUGCUGGACCAGCUGCAGCAUCCCGCUAUUAGGUCCAUGCCAUGCUCAAAGUUCUUCUACUACUGCUGGCAGCACGGCUUCCACUUCGACGUGGAUCACCGGCAGGGUGUCAUCUUCAACCUGUCGGACCGCUACCUAACCAGCGGCGCGCUGGGCUGCAUGACAGUGGGCCUCACGCCGGCCUCCACCUACAGUGUCAUGCAGCGUGUGCUGUCCUUCAUAUCCGCUACGGAGCUGGACGCGGCGCAGCGCUCCGACUGGUCGCUCACCGUGGAGGCAACCACCUUCCAGGACGUGCAGGCGCUGGUCAAGUUCAUGGCGGAGCAGAGCGCCAGCCAGGAGCGGGAGGCGCGCGUGGGGCAUGGACUGCAUGUACCGGGCGCGGGGUUGGCCGGAUUCGGGCGCGGGGCCGCAUAAGGGUUCUGGGUGGUGAAUUUUGCACGUCCUUGAUUUCAUUAGCUCUCCUGCGUGGGAAAAGGAAGUAAGAUCUCUCCGCGGUGCGACGAUGAGGAUGCGAUGGGGCACGGUGCGCCCAAGGGUUGCAUCGCCGGACUGAGGUUAGAUGUGUGGAUGUACGGCAUCAUGGCGUAUAGCCAGGCGAUGCCAUGAUGAGCUUGGGGUGACGGAACUACCAAAUUGACGUGGUGUGGCAGUUGUUG